AUGGGAGUUAAAAUUUUUGCAAAGAACUGGAUUUAUUGGACCGACAGCUUUGUUGGUAAGUGAUUAGAUAAACGUUCUAUCGAUUUAGCAUUCAAUCACAUAUCGCAGACCAAAAAGAAACGAUGGCGAAUGUUUUGGACGUUGGUUGCUGUCGUUUUGGUUGGAUUGUUUCUAUAUCAGUCAUAUCAACUGAUUAGCGAGUACUUACAGUAUGGAAAGAGCACUGCAAUCACGGUAAGAAAAUUAAUUUUCAUGUAAGGCAGGAAAAAUAUGAUAAAACAUACUGUGAAAAUUCCACGGACAAGUUUCAUCAAAAUCUAAGAGCCUACUGAUAAGCAGCAUGUUUAUUUCUCAUUACAGAUCCAAUCCAGCAACACUGAGGCCUUCCCUGCAGUGACUAUUUGCAACUUGAACCCGUUUAAACGAAGCCAAAUCUACAAGGUUCCGCAGAUCCAAGCCUUGGUAUGUUCAUCGUAUUUUAUGAUGAUAUUCAAUAUUCUUUCAGCAAAAUGCUUACGGCAUUACGAUAAAACAAAAAAUGGAAAAGAGAAGGAAAGCCAACGCUACAACGUAUACGCCCUUAGUCGCCGCAAAAAGACGAAAACGCGAGGCUACAAUGGAUAGUAAUGCCGAUUAUAGCAAGACGAAGCAACCAGACCCGGAAAAUGCUAGGGAAAUGACUUUCGAGUCGAUUAACAGACGUUUCAAGCGAGAUACUUGCUCGCAAUCAACAGUUACCAGUACCGCUGACUCCUCAAUUACCUAUCAACUCAGCUCCUGCACAAACGACACGAGUAGCUCCAAAUAUUUCAAUGCGACUUUUACUUGUGCCAGCGGCUCCACGUACACCGUUACUGGCAAUAAUGAAUUUACGAGUUCGUUUCAACAAACCUUUGACAUUAUCUACAAAUCUUGCGCUCAAGCCUAUCUCUGCAAUCCGAUUUGUAAUGGGACCAACUUCCUUGGUGUCGUCGACAAUCUAGGACAUUGUUCUGGCGUGGCAACCUCCAACUACCCACCAGCCAGCGGCGAUCCGGACCCAAUGUGGCCGUUCGCGGUGGCUGCGUCCAAAUCCUGCGGAUUUAGCGAUGGCGGGAGUUUAUGCUCAACGGGAUUCGAAGACAAGCCAGUGGGAGUCGGGUAUUAUUCGUAUAGGACGUGCAAUAAAGGGUCGUACAAUGCGCUGACGAUUAACAUUGAUCGUAAGUUUAAAAUUUAUAAAGAAAGUGCUCCAAAAGUGACCACAUUUUUUGAAAAGCUUUGAAACUCAUUAAAAAAACAUCUAUUGUUUCAGAAUGUGACACCUCCGGCACCGAUGUAACCCCAUACAAAUUUAAUGUCAACCCAAAUUGCAGCGAUGCCAUAUCUCAAUUAGCCAGCGAUUUUUCAAAUGCCUAUUCAACUUAUGUGUGCGCUUACAAAUGCACUGAUGAUUGCCCGUACACUCUUGACAAUUCCACUUGCGGAAACUCGGGGUAUUACGAUGAAUUGUGUAGAAUAAUUAAUUGUGAAAACUUUACCACAAUCGAACCGACAACCACAGAUCUGACGACUGAAUUGACGACGAUAUUAACUACUGAAGAACCAACAACAGCUGAGACAAGUACCACAGAAACUACGACGGUAAUCAGUACCACUGAAGAGGCCACAACGACAGCUGAGACUACGACAGUGCUUACGGAAGAACCCACAACAAUUUUGACAACUGAAGAAAUGACUACAGCUGAGGGCGCCACGACGGUUGAGAGUACAACUCAGAAAAAGACGACUGAAAAAGAAACUACUCUACAGGAAACAACGAACGCUGAGCUCACAACAACAGAAGUAACUACUACUACGGUAACAACUACAACCGAGCCAACAACGACGACUGUAGAUACUACAACAGAGAUUACUACAACCACGGAUACCACAACAACGCCAACAACUACUCCGAGCACGACAAGUUCGACGACGACUACUACAACUACUACUACAGUUUCUACUUCCUCUACGACGACUUCAACUACUUCUACUACCACCACUACUACUACAACUGCAACUGCUACUCCUACUACUACUACUCUUACUAGUACUAAAACGACUACCGCCACUCCAACUACUACCACUACUACCACCACUACACCAACUACUACUACCACAACUACUACUACUUCUACAACGACCACUACUACUCCCACUACCACAACUUCUACUUCUACUACUUCUACUUUUACCACUACUGCUACCACUACUACUACUUCUGCAAGUACUAGUACUACUACUGCUACUUCUUCUACUUCUACUACUGGCACGACCAUUUCAUCUUCUACCACUCCAACAACCCUUACUAGCACAACCGCAACCUCUACAUCGACUUCCACCUCUACUAGAACCACAACAACUCCUACAACGAUGACUAUCAUAACUUCCCCAACAAUUCAGACAAGUCCCUCGACAAGCACGAGCUCUUCCAGCACCCCCAGGACUACUACGUCAACAACUGCUGGAACCACAACAAAAACAUCCAUAACUUCACCAACCACUUCCACAAAAAGUACGUCUACUUCGACAAGUACUUCAACAUCUACUUCAAAGCAAACUACACAAAAGAUCUCAACAACUCCAAAAGCUUCAACAAGCACAACAACUACGCCUACAAGACUAACAACUUUAGCAACGUCAAGAAAAGCCGCCGUUAUAACAUCCACUUUAAAAGCAUCAACAACAAUAACAACUGCAACAAAAGCUUCAACUCUUCACCCUACAACGUCACGAACAUCUUCUACCAGCAGUACUCUCACAACCACUUCAACAAAAAGACCAACUUCACUGAAAACGACUUCAACUUCGGUUAA